AUGGAAGCAUCCCAUUUCCGAAGUGGCAUUCAAAGCACCCAACAAACCACAGAGCGAUGCAAACGUUCGUCUGUAGCUCGCGAGCAGAAGGUACACGCCAUUCGUUCUCCUUGUAACGAUCCUUCCGAAGCGUCUUUCUCAAUUCGGGCGUUCUGCGUAGGGAUCCAAAAUGGAAAAGGCUGUGAGCACGACGUUUCUGCUUUUGGUUACUCUCAAGCGCGUGCAGAGAUUCACCUUUACCGUGGCGAUAUCUCGGAGAAGUCAAGCAAAAACCUAGCCAAACUCUUGCUGUGUAACCAUUGCCGCCAUCAGGUCAACCAAGUGCAACAGUGGCUAAAAGAACAACCUUUCCUGCCCGGUCAUGGCCAGCUUGGUGGGCAGAAGAGAAACCUACCCAACUACGGAGAGUCAGACUGGGUUACUUCAAGGUUCCACGAAGUUGUACAAGGUUGA